AUGGUGUUCAGAUGGAAUUAUGGACCAGUGUUGUGCCACUUACUUCCAUAUCUAUCAAAAUCUGCUACCCUUGUCAGUAUAUACACACUUAUCUUCAUCGCCUUCGAUCGCUAUACCGCUGUAAUGUCACCCGUAGCAAGCACCGUAUCGAGGCAAAGAAGAAUCACGGUUGUCAUAGUAAUAUGGAUAGCAAGUCUCCUAUUCUCACUGCCAUUGGCAUAUUUCAAGAAAUACGAAAAUGUUGUCAAUGGUGGAGUGACGGUACCCGCCGUGAACAGUCUCACCUCAAUAGUGAUAUUAUUCGGCAUUUGCUGGCUGCCAGCAAGAAUAUUCACACUUGUGGCUACGAGAUGGUACUCAGAUCCUGUAGUUAUAAUGACGAUAAAAUGUUGUAUCUUUAUAUGGUUAAUCUUAUCAGAUUGUGUCUUUAAUCCUGUCGUCUAUGUACUUCUUAGUGAUAAGUUCAAGGCAGAGGCUAGACGUGUAUGUCGUUGUUGCUUCGACCUCAAUGAACGCUACCCGCCGUCAGCAGCAACGCGUACAACAGCGAUAAUAUCGCAUACUAACACAAGAAAUACGAUAUUUAACAAUUAA